GUCAUUAUUAUCAUAUCUGUUUUUGUGUCAAAUAAAAAACGAAACAAGUGUAAAAAAAAUACGAAUAAGUUUUGUAGCUGCUCGCCCUGAAGAGAUUAUGAGAAUUUCCACUACGUAGUUUCCAAGAACGUUCAAACGAAAAUGAGCGCCCAAAGCAACCAGGCAUUCGGCGAUAAAGACGAAGAAAUUUUGUAUUGGAAGAAUUUGGCCGCGGAGUAUUUACAAGAUGCCGAAAGGAUCCAAAAGGAAUCGGACGAAUUCAUCCAGGAAUCCCAACAGUUAGAUAAAGAAUACGAGGCCACCAUCGAUCAGAACGAGAAGAAAAUCAAAGAACUCACAUUGGCCAACAACAAAGCUCAAAAUGAAAUCGAUUCGUUAAGAAACAAAUUAGACCAAAGCAAUAAGGAAAACGUUAGCCUACAAAACGAAAUGCAGUAUUUGAAAACGGAAAAGAAACAAAUGGCCGACUACAUUAGGGAUUUAGAACAAAAAAACGACGAUUUGGAAAGGGCCAGGAGGAUAGUCGAGGAAAGCAUAGCGGGCGUCGAGGCGGCCUUCCAUUCGGCCAUCGAACGAAACGCCAUGUUGGAAUCCGAAGUAGACGACAAAGAAAAUUUAAAGGAAAAACUACAAAGGUUGGCCGAUGAAACUCGAGAUUUGAAGCAAGAGUUGUUGGUUAAGGACAAAGAGCGAGGGCCGGACAACGAACGAAUAUUGAACGGUUUUCAGAAAACCAUCAUGGAUUCCAAUCGACUGAAGGAAAACGAGACGCAAACGACGCCCGUAAAACAUGAUUAUCAAGCACCGAUAUCGCCAGCGUCGAGGGUAAUGGCCCUGAAUAUAGUUAGCGAUCUUAUUAGGAAAAUUGGAUUGACAAAAUGGCUGUGUUCGGAGUGUGGUCAGAUUAAAUGUACCUCGUGUGCAUCGGAGAAACGAAAAAGCCUUGUGGAAUGUCCAAGGUGUGUUGAAAAAAAAAGCAAUAAAAGAAAUCGCUAACAAAUCUAACAUAAAUCCGAACUAAAACCGAUAUAUCGAUCUUAUCAUUUUAUCAUCAGCACAGCUUUCUUUAAUUUAUUAAUUAGUACCUACUGAUAUACAGGUUGUUACAAUCAAUUAAUUAUUUGCCAACGGACAUUUUUUUAUGUUCUCC